CGAAUGUUGUAUAAGGAAAUUCAGGUGAGGAUUGAUGACACAGUUCAGCGACACGUCAACCACACGGAAGCAGGUCUCUGUGCAGGCAGCAGCAGAAACACUGGUCCAAGGACUGCAGUCUAUCUAAAAUGGGUGGUUUCAUUAGUAUCUUUUCGGGCCUUUUUGGCUCCCGGGAGAUGAGGAUUCUGAUCCUGGGACUGGACGGCGCAGGGAAAACCACCAUCCUGUACCGUCUGCAGGUUGGAGAGGUGGUCACCACUAUUCCCACAAUCGGCUUCAACGUGGAGACGGUCACAUACAGGAACCUGAAGUUCCAGGUGUGGGAUCUGGGAGGACAGACAAGCAUCAGGCCGUAUUGGCGGUGCUACUACUCAAACACAGAUGCAGUCAUCUACGUUGUUGACAGCAGCGACCGUGACAGGAUGGGCAUUUCAAAGUCUGAGCUGGUGGCGAUGUUGGAGGAGGAGGAGCUGAAGAAAGCUAUUCUGGUGGUAUUUGCCAACAAACAGGAUAUGGACCAGGCGAUGACGCCCACUGAGGUGGCCACUGCACUCGGCCUCCCCGCUCUUAAAGACAGAAAAUGGCAGAUCUUCAAGAUCUCGGCUCUAAAAGGCCAAGGCCUUGAUGAGGCAAUGGACUGGCUGGUGGAAUCGCUGAGGAAUCGGCAGUAAACGCCCACGCCCAUUGUGUACAUACUCCUGACCUUUGACCCUUCUGUAUGAAGCCUUGCACCUGACCCCUCCUCACUGGACCAGUGACUGCACCCAUCCCCACCUGAAGCCUUGGCCAAGCCCCCCCAAUGCCUAACGCCUUCUAAGCCUGGGACUUGAACUGAAGGCUGCAGUAAUGUCUGGACUGAAAACACACACAGCCUCAUCCCUCCCAACACCAGUGGAAGUUUUCUAGAGCUCUGUGACUUUGGUGAUGGAUGGGUGACAUUAGCAUCUCUGUGUAAGUGUUACAGUACUAAGUAACAGGCCUGUGAAAUGUUUCUAGUUUUUUGACUCCAUUUACACACUGUAAACAGCUUUAAUGUGUUAGGAAUCAUAAAUAAACUUUUGAAAAGGUAAUCCAUGCUGACCAGAAAUGAGAUGUCUCUGUCAGCCCGCGUGGCAGCUGGCGUUCUCCACUCCCAGACGAAUGAAGUCACUGGUGUGUAGAUGUGCAGUCGUUAACGGGCGCUGCUGCCUGAAGAAAGGUGCAAUGAAAGUCCACCAGGAGGCAGCGUCUCCAAAUGAAGACAAAAACCCUCUCUUCUGACCAUACCUCUGAUAACUGUCUGCUGAUGCUUUACUUUGAGAAAUCACAACUCCUCAUCCUCUAAAUGUACUCUGGCCAAGUGUUACUGCAGCCUGGGCUGUUUUUGUAAAUCUUUGAAAAAUGUCAUUUGCUUCUUUUUUUUUCUCCUCCCUCUGUUUUGUUGUGUGCUUCUUUUUUUAAAAAGUAGUUUGUUAGUUAAAAGCCUUUUCUCAUUGAGAUCCUUGAGUACAGCUUGGCGUAUUAGUUCUUUAGUUACUGAACACUAAGUGUAUGCUCAGUUUUAUGGUUGCAUAUUUAUAUCUGCCUGUACAGUGAAAAUGAUUCUCAGUAAAGAUUGCUAUCAGUGA